AUGGCCUCCCCGUUCCGUGAAAAGGGACACCGAUCAAGGGGCCUGGUAGAUGUAUGCGCUCCAUUUGCAACAGGAUGCGCAUCAGGCAUGAUUGCCACCACAUGCGUGCAGCCUAUUGAUACGAUCAAGGUCCGCAUGCAACUAAUGGAACAAAGUCUCGGCAGAUCAUCGCCAUGGUCAGUAGCAAAAGCCAUCACGCUCCAAAACGGUAUCUUCAACCUCUAUCAGGGCCUGUCCGCGGGACUACUAAGACAGUUGGUGUAUGGGACCUUGCGACUUGGGCUGUUCUCAACUUUGGAGCAAAGGCUCCAAGACCGAGCCAAAGAGCAAGGGACCGUGCUUGGUUUUGGCGGGCGGGCUCUCGCGGGGCUAAGUGCUGGAGCCGUUGCGGCUUUCAUCGGAAAUCCAACAGAGGUAGCUCUAAUUCGGAUGCAAGCCGACGGCAUGUUACCCGUGGAGCAGCGGCAGCGGUAUACGUCUGCCUUCAAUGCUCUUCGACGCAUAGCCAGACAGGAAGGGGUUUUGAGCCUCUGGAAGGGCGUAUCGCCGACCGUCAUCAGAGCUAUGUCAACUAAUUUUGGUCAACUGGCCUUCUUUUCUGAGACCAAACAUCAGCUGCAAACGCACACUCAAUUAUCGAAGCGAAACCUAACUGCAGUUGCUUCUUCAUUUGCAGGGUUCGCCGGGGCGAUCGUUAGCUUACCAUUCGACUUCGUCAAGACACGCUUGCAAAACCAGCCCUCAUCUGCUUAUUCCAAAGGUCUGCCAACGUACUCUGGCACAUUCGACUGUUUUGCACAGGUCAUCCGGCGAGAAGGCUUUUUGAGGUUCUACCGAGACUUUUGGCCCUAUUUUCUCCGAAUAGGACCCCACUCUGCUAUUGCUCUUUUUCUCGCCGACUUGAUGAACGAAAAUAUUAGGAACCGUGGUUAUGGGUUUUAA